UUUACUUGACGAAGGAAAAAUAAAAUAAACAAUUAAAAAUGAAAUUAACAAUUAUUGUGUCGGUAAUUAUUUUAGUUGUAACCAUUGUUUACGCUCAACAAGAAUCGUAUCCAACGAAAUAUGAUAACAUUGAUGUGAAUGCAAUACUUUCAAAUGAACGAUUAUUAAAUAAUUACAUUGAUUGUCUUGAAGAGAAAGGAAAAUGUACACCAGAAGGAGAGGAAUUAAAAAAACAUUUUGAAGAUGCUAUAAAAACUUGUUGUAAGAAAUGCUCGGCCAAACAAAAGGAUGGAUUCAAGAAAGUUUUCAAUCAUUUGGAAAAAGAAAAACCUGAAGUAUUAAAACGUCUCAAACAAAGAUUUGAUCCAAGUGGCAAUUUUGAAACAGAAUGCCGAAAACAAUUACACGCUUAAUU